UGGGCGCCGCGGCGGAAACAGGAAGGCGCGGGGCCCAGGGUCCCUCGCAGGCCUGGGAGCCCCGCGGACAACUGAAAGGACUCCGGGGAAGCGUGGCCUUUGGGGUAUUCUGGUGCCCGGGUUACAUUUGAACUUCUAGGUACACCUGGAUGCCUCUUCCUCUGUCCGGGGCUCACGGUUUUUUCAUGGUGACUUCUUGAUGGAUUUGACUCUUAAUUGUUGGCAGCUCCUGGGCAAGAGAAAUGGCUGUGAUCAGACUGGGGUUUGGAAGGCAGAAUUCUCCUUUGUUAAAGAGGAGGAGUUCAUUGCUGCUGAAACUCAUAGCUGUUGUCUUUGCCGUGCUUCUGUUUUGUGAAUUUUUAGUCUAUUACUUAGUUAUCUUUCGGUGUGAUUGGCCUGCAGUGACCACUCCAGCCCAUGGCAGCAAACCAGCCCCUCUUGCACCUGUACUGAAAGCCAUGUUUUUGGCAGAUACCCAUCUGCUUGGGGAAGUCAGAGGCCACUGGCUAGACAAGCUGCGAAGGGAGUGGCAGAUGGAGAGAGCCUUCCAGACUGCGCUGUGGUUGCUGCAGCCGGAAGUCGUCUUCAUUCUGGGGGACAUCUUUGAUGAAGGCAAGUGGAGCUCUCCCAAGGCCUGGGCAGAUGAUGUAGAGCGGUUUCAGAAAAUGUUCAGACAUCCAGGUCAUGUGCAGCUGAAGGUAGUUGCUGGCAAUCAUGACAUUGGCUUCCAUUAUGAGAUGACAGCAUAUAAAAUAAAACGGUUUGAGAAAAUCUUCAGUUCUGAAAGGCUGUUUUCAUGGAAAGGAAUUAAUUUUGUGAUGAUCAACAGUGUGGCACUGGAAGGGGACCGUUGCAUCCUCUGUUCCAAAGCAGAAGCAGAGCUCAUUGCAAUUUCCCACAGACUGAACUGCUCUCGGGAGCAGGACCCUGCUUCCCACCUGUGUGGAGAGGGGCAGCCACUCCCUGUGUCUGCACCUGUCCUCCUGCAGCAUUAUCCACUUUACCGGAGAAGUGAUGAGAACUGUUCUGGGGAAGACGCUGCUCCCCUAGAAGAAAGGAACAUCCCGUUUCAGGAGAGAUAUGAUGUGCUUUCUCAAGAGGCUUCACAAAAGCUGCUGUGGUGGCUUCGGCCACGCCUGGUCCUGAGUGGCCACACACACAGUGGCUGUGAGGUGCUGCAUCCGGGAGGCAUCACUGAACUCAGUGUCCCGUCCUUCAGUUGGAGGAAUAGAAACAACCCCAGUUUCAUCAUGGGCAGCAUAACAUCCACAGGACACGCUCUCUCCAAGUGCUCCCUCCCUCGCGAGGACAUGGUUCUGGCCACCUACUGUGGAGCAGCAGGGUUCCUUGCUGUGCUCCUAUUAGCUCACUUUGAGCUUUUAGCCUCACCUUUUUUUUUUGGUUGGAACCUGCUCAGAAAGCCUAGGACAAUGUGAAGAGCAGGUGACAUCUGCACUUAGGAAUAAAUAUCCAAGCCUAAGAAGUGGAAGUUCAGACAGAGCUUGAAGAAUUGAGUGGAGGACCAGACCACGUGUGGACGUCUCACUUCACACCACAGAGACUCUAAAUCACAGAUGCGAGUUACUGCAGAAUAAAUAGCUGAUCGCACUGUUCUCAUGCUAUAAAAGUGGAAUGUGUACUCUACAACAAUCAGUUUUCUCAUUUUUAUCCAAUAUAUGGAUUAUCAAAGGUUGUAUCUGUACAGUGUGAGAAUGCUAUCAGUGCCACUGCUCGCAUGCACGGCACAGUCCACGCCCAUCUUCCCCAGGCGUGGGCAUGUGCACAUGGACACCAGGUUUGCUUCUGUCGCCUGUGUGGGGAUUCUCAGAUCCCUGUGUCAUAUAAAGUGGUACCCUUAAAAGUACAGGUGUAAUGUGCAGGAACACACUGUUUUCACAGACAUUUUUUCUUCUGUGCUAGAUUAAUGGAAUUAGAUUUUCGGAUUAGUAAUUUUCUCUCCAGGAGACCAAGUUGUUGAAUUUUAAUGUCUUCAAUGAUGAAAAGAAACUUAAAAAAUGAAGUAGGACAUAGCUUUUGGUAUUUGAAAAUACUUGUUUGAUAAUUUUAAGCCAGAUAAAAUGUCUUGGGGCUGGGCGAGGUGGCUCACGCCUAUAAUCCCAGCACUUUGGGAAGCUGAGGUGGGUGGAUUGCCUGAGCUCACAGGUUCGAGACCAGCCUGAGCAAGAGUGAGACCCUGUCUCUAAAAAUAGCUGGGGGCUGUGGUGGGCGCCUGUAGUCCCAGCUACUUGGGAGGCUGAGGCAAAAGAAUUGCUCGAGUCGGAGAGUUUGAGGUUGCUAUGAGCUGUAACACCA